GAACAGACAAGGCCCUGAGGUUAAGACGCUGUGUUCCCUCAGAGGACGCAGACACUUUGUGCUGCACAGAUCACCAACAGAUUGAGCGAAGAAGGGGUUCUGUGGAACGGUAUGGGAGAGGUUUUCCACAAGGACUAGAGACACCCAAUCAAUAGAUCCUAAGCAGAGCAAUAUAUUGGUGCUGGACACCUGACUCUGGGAGCUAAUAGAAACAAUAUGGACAGAUCACAAGCAUAUGCAUUUAUGGAUGACUUCGAUUAGAGACAACUUCAUUGGUCAAACAUCUAUUUUCACCUUUUCUACCAUUCUACCAUUGCAUUUGUGAAUUAAUUUAAUGGAUAUAAAAUGCAGAGACUCUCACACCACCGUCUCUCUCUGGGAAUAUAGAUCUGUAUCAGAGGGUGAUGUAAGCACCUGUGUACUGUAGCACCUGGUUUCUUCUAAAAGGACUUUGAGGGUUCCGGCCCUCACCCAGAGACUGUCAGAGACCAUGUCCAACAACAGUGACAGCUGCAACCUCCCCCUGAACACUGACACAAUUGGUCUCACCUACAUCUACAGCCUGGCCUUCUCACUGGGUCUCCCUUGCAACCUGCUGUCCCUCUGGGGACUGUACCAACUGGGCCGCUCCGGUGGGGGUGGCUGCCAGCUGGUCUACAUCCUCAACCUGCUGCUUUCUGACCUCCUCCAGCUGCUCACCCUCCCCCUAUGGAUCCUGUACCUCCAGGGGGCUCACCGCUGGCCCUACGGCCGCCCCGCCUGCGAGUUUGUGGGCUAUGUCUUCUACGUCAAUGUCUACGCUAGCGUGGUGUUCCUCUGUUUGAUAGCGUUGGACCGUUGCCUGGCUAUAGUACACCCGUUGAGUAGUCGUGGCGUGCGGACGGUGCGGGUGGCGGCAGUGUCUGGAGUGGCGGUCUGGACGCUGACCUUCCUGUUCUGUUUAGGCGGGUUGCUUCCAUCGGUGUUCGACGCAGAGAGGCUGCUGUGUCUGGAGCAGUACCCUGUCAGCCUCAGAUAUGCCCACUUUAAGAUUGCUACAGUCAUCAUGGGGUUCCUUCUGCCCUGUGGUAUACUGGGUUACACCUCUGCCCGCAUUGGGGUGACCCUCCAACAGUCACCCUCCGUCUCCAACCAGGACCGCCACAAAAUCACAGGCAUCCUUGUCGUUAUCACCCUCAUCUUCAUUGUCGUCUUCGGACCCUACCAUCUGGUUGGGGGGUACCGUUUUGUCUCCCUCCUCCUUAUAGACAACCCCUGCGAGUUGGAACGGUCCAUUUUCCUGUGCUACCGGCUGUGCUACGGUCUGACCAGCCUCAACACUCUGCUGGACCCUCUGUUCUACAUCUUCCUGUGUCACAACGCCCGCCUGGAGCUCCGCAGGUCCCUAACGCCCUGUCUGGGACGGGGGCACACAGCCCCCAAACAGGUCAGACUCAGUCUCAGAGGGAAUCCUGAUCCUAGUGACAAUGUGUAAAAACACUGGAUUGGACAAACUGUUUUUGAAUGACGAAAACCUGGAUAAUCUGUGUUGUGUUUCCUGUUUCCUGUUCUUUGAUGAGUUUGAAUUCAGCAGGAGGACACAUUGUGUAGCGAGACUGGACAUACAGACAGUAUAUUACAGUGUUUUCUUGGACUUGCUCAAGGAACUGACUCCACUGGUUUGACUGCUGAGCAUUAGCGAUGGAAAAAAGCAGCAAUUGUGCCACCCAGUGGGGAGAGCAUGCAUGUUGCUAGCUGAAAUUGGAAAUAGCGUUCCAUCUACUUCACUUUUCUGCUGUGCCCGUCCUCUCUACCUGUUGAUGCACUGCCACAGCUGCCUCAGUUACUACUGUCAUAUGAAUGCACUAUAAUAAUAAUGUCAUAAUGUCUUGACUGUUUGCUUGGCAUGAUUUUUACACUUUCAAUUUGCUUGUCGCAGUAAAUAACGUCAAUUGAAAUACAUGAUUUAUUCAUUGUAGAUAUACAGAAUCAAACCAUUCCUCGCUGCUGUUCUCUCUUAAAUCAGUACAGUAAAGGUGGUCCAGCUUCAG